AUGUGGCAGCUGCAUAGACAUUGGCUAUUGGUGGCACUGGCAGCUCUGUUGUGCUUCAGCUGGUCGCACCGCGCUGCAGCCGAGCACGAAGAGGAGCUGGAGGAUAAGCCGUAUGUCAACUAUAAUAUCCUAUUCCGGGCCUACAUAGCCAUGGGCGAUGCGCUCUUUGGCAAUUGGGCACCUGCUGACUAUGCACAGGAGCUGCAGCUUCUCAGAGCUGCACAGGAAUAGAUCAGAUGACAACAACAACAGCA